GCUCCGGGCCUCGAGGGGCGGGAAGAGGAAGCGGAAGUGUUUGUGGCUCCUGGGAGCGACCACCUGAGUGGAUGGUGGGAGCCGUGGACCGUGUUAUGGAGGAGUCCGGUGAGCCCCAGUUGGAUGCUAAGUCCAAGGUCACCAACCAGCUCAUAGAUUUUCAGUGGAAGCUGGGUAUGGCUGUGAGCUCUGACAGUUGCAGAUCUCUUAAAUAUCCUUAUGUUGCAGUGAUGCUGAAAGUGGCAGAUCAUUCAGGCCAAGUGAAGAACAAGUCCUUUGAAAUGACAAUCCCACAGUUUCAGAAUUUCUACAGACAAUUCAAGGAAAUUGCUGCAAUUAUUGAAACUGUGUGAAAACUGAUUCUAAACCGAAAAUAAUCUAAAAUCAUGAACUUCACUUUCUGCAACAAAGCUGCUUAAGGAUCGAAUGAUAUUUAUUGAAUGAAAAUUAUACUUUUGGUUUUCUACUUUUUUAAAUAAUAAUAAAAAAAAUCAGACAAACAGGAAUUACAAAGUGGUGAUCGAUGCACAGCUUUGUGAAUGUACCAAGAACCACUGAUUUGGAUAGUUUAAAGGGUAAAUUCUGUGGUAUGUGAAUUAUAUCUUAAUAAAAAAAUAAAUCAAACAGUUGAAUAAUAGUAAAAGUAACACAAGUUUAUGUAUUAAACCAACAGUUUUAAAAAUUGCUGGUAGUGUUACCCAUUUUAUAAACAAGCUCUUACAUAGAUGCCUUUAUAUACAGUCUUAUAUAUUAAGUAUAUAUAAAUGGGAAAAGGAGUAUUUGAUUAGGAUAAUGUUACUUUACAAAUUCAGCUUUAUAACAUUCACUUGCUAUGAAAGCAGUUAGUGAGAAGAGUGAGGCUGCUGCUUCUCAAAAAUUUGGAAUCAAGUUAGGAUUGGCCAUUGCUCCCUUGUAUUAGCCAAGCAUUCAGACAUUUCCAUUAUUAAUAUUGUAGAAAGUUCAAGUAUAUGCAGACAUAUUAAGAAUUUAUAUACAACUGAGUUAACCUGGUAACACAGAUUAUUGUCUUAGGUGGUCUUUUGAAUUUAGAUUUGUAAACCAGUUAAAAUAUUUUAUAAAACCACAGCAGUCAACACUAUAUGGCAUUGCUCAGUUAAACAGAUCGCUGGAAUAGACUGUGUGGCCUAGAAAUAGAUCAAGAUAUUUGAGACAAAGAUGGUAUUUCAGUUGGAUGAGAAAACAAUUUAGUAAAUAAUACUAGCAGUUACAGCACAUACAAAAGUAAAUUUCAGAUGAGUUAACGAUUUAACUAUAAAAUACAAAAAUUAGAAGUGUUAUAGAAUAUUUAUGUUAACUAAUGCUUGGGAAGACAGCAAUUCCACAACUGUAAUAUGAAACAAAUAUAUUUGGAAUUUAAGAAUUAAAAAAUCAUAUGUGAGAAAAAAAUGGGUCCUAAGCAAAAAUAAAAGACCUGCUGUGUUGAUGUGUAAGUUAGCUCCUAGUCUAUAAACAAACUGCUUUAAAUAUUUGGAAGUAAGAAGAGAUUUUUAUACAAGAAACGAGAUGUUCACUUAACUGUCA